CUGAUUAUAUAUAGUCAAUACUUCUAAGAGAUAUGGCUUACAGUGCUAGGUUGUUGUUGCUUUUGUCAAUGUUCUUAGUACUGAUCACUUUUUCCAAUGUGGUUGAGGGUAACAAGAAACUUCGAGCUGAAGAUUGCGAGCCAAAGUGUACUUAUAGAUGCUCAGCAACAUCACAUAAAAAACCAUGCAUGUUCUUCUGUAAGAAAUGUUGUGCCAAGUGCUUGUGUGUCCCUCCUGGAACUCAUGGUAACAAAGAAACAUGUCCUUGUUACAACUAUUGGAAGACUAAGGAAGGAGGUCCAAAAUGUCCUUAAUUAGACAAUAUGCAUGAUCUUAAUUUCUUUGAUUUUAGGAUAAUUUCUUUGAUUUUAGGAUAAUGGCCUUUAUUUAAUCCUCUAGUUACCGGAGACUCUUUGGUGGAUUUUUAUGUGUACCAAGAAGAGUAUCAUGGUAAAAUAUGUGAAAGCUAGGCAUAUAUGCAAAUGAAUGAGAUGUAUGAUGCAAGCUCACCGGCGUGGGAAAUAUUCUAUUCUCUCCAUUUCACUUUAUGUGCUUUUAUUUGAUUCAGUCUGAAAUUUAAGAAAAAGAA